CACAAUGAGAAGCAGGGAAUGCACCGCCAUGCUGGCCGUCGGCGCAGAAUGGACGACGAGGCCCUCAAGCGCAGGCAGACGGGUGACGAGGUCAAGCUCAACGCCAUGGGCCGCCUCUAUGCCAAGAUCGUCGGCUUCUCCGUCAUCACGCGGUACAUGGUCUACGUCGUGCCCGUCGGCAUCCUGCUGGCCGUCCCCCUCGUCGUGCUUGCCCUGACGGACCACAAGCACGACAUCCACGUCGGCAGACACCAAGACGCCCGCGGCCCUCCGCUGUUCACGCUCUUCCUGUGGAUUCAAAUCUCCUGGCUGGCUCUCUGGGGCGUCAAGAUGGCCGCCUGGUUCCUCCCUCACAUCUUCAUGUUCUUCUGCGGCAUCGUCAGCGCUGGCACGCGCAAGUAUGCCACCGUCCUCGGCAACCUCAACAUUGUCAUCUCCAUCUUCUUCUGGAUGCUGGCCUCGUGGCUCACGUUCAAGAGCCUCUUUGCCCAGCAAUAUGCCGAUGGCAUUGUCUGGGUGGUCAACCUCGAGCGCGUCCUCGGUGCCUGCUUCGUCUCCUCCGCCGUCCUGCUCGGCGAAAAGGCCAUUGUCCAGCUCAUCGGUGUGUCGUACCACCAGCGAUCUUUUGACAACCGCAUCAAGGAUUCCAAGCGGGAAAUCCAUCUCCUGGGUCUCCUGUACGACGCUUCCCGCACGCUGUUCCCCAUGUACUGCCCCGAGUUUGCCGAGGAGGACUACAUCAUCGAGGAUAGUAUCGAGAUGAUGCUUCGACGCAAGGCCGGCAAGGUCAAGGUCCCCGGCGCCCAGGCCCCCAUGAGGAUCAUUGGAGACGUUACCCGCCUUGGUGACAAGGUGACGUCCGUCUUUGGCAACCUUGCUAGCGAAAUCACAGGCAAGCACGUCUUCAACCCCAACUCGGCCCACUCCAUCGUUGUCGAAGCCCUGGAGAAGAAGCGCUCGUCCGAGGCCCUGGCCAGGCGCCUCUGGAUGUCCUUUGUCAUAGAGGGCAGAGACGCCCUGUACCCAGACGACCUGGAGGAGGUCCUCGGACCGGCCUACAAGCGCGAGGCUGAGGAGGCCUUUGAGGCCAUUGACACCGACGCCAACGGGGAUAUCAGCCUCGAGGAGAUGAUCCGCAAGGUGGUCGAGAUGGGCAAGGAGCGAAAGGCCAUUGCCGAAGGCAUGAAGGAUAUCGGCCAGGCCCUGACGGCUUUUGAUAAGGUCCUGCUGUUUGUGGUUCUGCUCAUCACCAUCUUCAUCUUCUUGUCCUUCUUCAACAGCAGCCUCCUGACGACCAUUGCCACCGCUGGAACUGCUCUCUUGUCCCUUUCCUUCGUCUUCGCCGUCACCACCCAGGAGUUCCUUGGUUCCUGCAUCUUCCUCUUCGUCAAGCAUCCCUACGAUGUCGGCGACCGCAUCGAGAUUCAAGGCACACAGAUGCUCGUCGACCGCAUUUCCCUGCUGUACACUGUUUUUACCCGCACCGAUAGGAUGCAGGUCUCUCAGGUUCCCAACAUUGUACUCAACAACCUCUGGAUCGAAAACAUCACGCGAAGCAAGGCCAUGUCCGAGACCAUCACUCUUGACGUCUCCUUUGACACCUCGUUUGAGGACAUUGAGCUGCUCCGCAUCGAGAUGGAGAAGUUUGUCCGGUCGCCCGAGAACUCUCGCGACUUCCAGCCCGACUUCAGCAUUGGCGUUGGCGGUGUCAAUAACCUUGACAAGUUGACCCUCCAGAUCAGCAUCAAGCACAAGUCCAACUGGCACAACGAUCGCGUCCGCGCCACGCGCCGCUCCAAGUUCAUGUGUGCUCUGGCCAUUGCUCUGAAGAAGAUUCCCAUCCUGGCGCCUGGCGGUGGUGGUGAACCUUUGGGCGGACCCACGAACCCUUCGUACUCGGUGUCCGUGACGGACGAGUGGGCCGCCCACAGCCGAGAGGAGGCAGCCAAGAGGGCCGAUGCCGCGCGACUGGUGCCCUCAAACGCCCACCAGACCCCCGAGCAGAUGGCCCAGGCAGAGAAGGACGCCAUGCAAUCGCUUAACAGCAACCGAUCGCUGGCUCUCGAGACGACGGGCAUGUGGGACGCUGACGCUCGCUCCAUUGCCUCCAGGGACCCGGCGGACGAACCCGGCCUGGCGGCAGAUCUCGGC